CCGUUUAUUUGGAGUUUCUUAUUUUGUCUUAAAAAUUAGGAAUCUUCCAUUUUAUUUUUAUGAUAUUUUUGUUUUCUUGUAAAUGUUUAAGCCACCCGUUAACUAAUUUAAGCCACCCGUUAACUAAUUUAGCUAUCUCCGUGAACCAUUUCUUUUCCUCUGGCUUCAGCGUCUUUUCACCCCCUCCCCACUCUUCUGAGUGUUGGGUUAUGCAUAACUGGUUUGAGAUAGGGAAGAACCAAACUCUAACCACUGUUAUUUAGUACUUAAACUACUUUUAAGCUUUAUCUAAGGGUUUGACGACUUAGCAUAAGGCCAAGGUUCUAGUCUCACUGAGUCCUUUUCAUGAUUAACCUGCCCUCGUCUGAUCUAGUGUUGUCUCCCUUCAAAUGCACUGACAUGGCAGCCUGAUUGAUCAUGCAUAAAUUGUGAUAGUUCUAGGUCACUUAUGCUUUGAUUGGUAACUGUCAAAUUCUGGAUGUAUUACUAAUGUAGAAGAGGCCAGAAGAAUUUAAAUCUUAGAUGUUUCUGGGUGAGCAGCUUAUGGCAGACAUUUUGCCAGCAUCGGUUUUCUUUCAUUUGUUCUUUCAGAAUUUCUUUCUUUUCUUUCCUUCUUUCUUUCUUCUUCUUUUGGUUGGUGAUAAAAAGAUACAUGUAUGUGCUAUUUAAAAGCCUCUAAAAUGUUCUGCUUGUUCCAUUUAACUAAGUGUUUCGAUACUUAAAGAAGAUAUUUGAAGACUGCUUUUGGAAUCGAAUAGCAUGGAUCCUAGCAGUGACUACCAUUUCCUCAAUCAGAUUUUGUGGAGAAGGGUGAAACUCACUUUGGUUUCUGGCGUAUUUGAGGGAGUUCUCCAGCAUGUGGAUCCUAACAAGAUUGUUGUCCUGAAGAAAGUGAAGAAUGUGGAGACUGGUCGAAGUGUUCCAGGAGUGAAGAUGUUUUUUGGGCAUGAGAUUCUGAACGUGGAACUGCUGGAUGAAGUGGAACAAGGUGCGAUGAGAGAAAAGGCAUCUUCUGUCAGUCUAAAUACAGAAAGAACCAGGAUGGAUAAAGGUGAAGACCUGAACAUAUGUGAGUCUCUUUCUCCUGCCUCUGAGCCGCCAACCACCUCUCUGCUGAGUGACCUCAAGUUCAACCCAUCAGAGGAAGAGGAGGUAACAUACACAGUCAUUGAUCAGUUCCAGCAGAAGUUUGGUGCUGCAAUGCUCCACAUCAAGAAGCAGAGUGUCCUGAGUGUGGCAGCAGAAGGUGCUAAUGUGUGUCGUCAUGGGAAACUAUGUUGGCUUCAGGUGGCCACAAAUAGCCGAGUUUACUUAUUUGACAUUUUCCUUCUGGGAAGUCGUGCUUUCAACAAUGGACUUCAGAUGGUAUUAGAAGACAAGAGAAUUUUGAAGGUUAUCCAUGAUUGUCGUUGGCUUUCUGAUUGCCUCUCUCAUCAGUAUGGAAUUUUGCUGAAUAAUGUCUUUGACACACAGGUAGCGGAUGUCCUUCAAUUUUCCAUGGAAACAGGUGGCUUUCUUCCAAACUGCAUCAGUUCUUUACAGGAGAGUUUAAUCAGACACCUUAAGGUAGCCCCUAAAUAUCUCUCCUUUCUGGAAGAAAGACAGAAAUUGAUUCAGGAAAAUCCAGAAGUGUGGUUCACACGACCUCUUUCACCCUCCUUACUGAAAAUUUUGGCCCUGGAAGCUACCUACCUACUACCCCUUCGUCUGGUACUCCUGGAUGAGAUGAUGUCUGACCUAACCACCCUUGUGGAUGGGUACCUGAACACUUACCGAGAAGGGUCUGCAGACCGCCUGGGGGGCACAGAGCCUACAUGUAUGGAGCUUCCAGAAGAACUGCUUCAACUCAAGGACUUCCAGAAGCAGCGCAGAGAGAGAGCUGCAAGAGAAUAUAGGGUGAAUGCACAGGGACUCCUAAUAAGGACAGGGAUAUGUCCAAAGAAAUCAAUGACAGAGACAGUGGGGAAAGAGGGGAAAGGUGGGGUUUCGUUGCUUUGUAAGAACUCUACACCAGAUAAAAUUCCAGGUUUUACAUCUCAUCGGGAUGGAAAUUUGCUGAUAGAAAAAUCUAAAAAUAAACAAACUCUGACAGAAUCUCAGCAUCAACCUCCCAUGAAGGAAGAAACCAGUGAGGAUGGUGUCAACAAACUCAUUUGCCCUGAGCCAGAGGGGCUAGAGGACCAGGGGAGAAUAAUUCAAAAAGAACACGGUAAGAUACCCAAACAGGAAUUUCAGGCAAGUUUAUCUUUGAAAGAGGAGAUAGAACAGUUACUGAUGCUGGAAAACAAGGAUGACCUAAAAUGCACAAAACAAGAUGUUUCAGUGUCUCCUUCCCUUCCUCAGGAAACCGGAGUGUCUCCAAGUGACACCUUUCAUCCUUUUAGAAAAGCUGUGCUUCCCACACUUCCUCCCUGUCCAGCCUUGGAGAAAACCGAUUCUUGGAUUAAUUUCUCUCCAAAUUUAUCUUAGAGAUGUGCAGUUUAUUCUUGAGACCGUGAAGGUGGCUCAUUUCCUGUGCCAGAAGGACUUUCCUCAGUGCUUAAGUUGGUCAUGUUGUAAAUUUAGGAUUGCCUCAGUCACAGAGGAAGGAAGACUUCAGCGAAAAUUAUAUCCUCUUGCUUACUCCUGCAUGCCUAGAAUUUGGUUAGGAGGGAAUGAAUAAGUUAAAUAGUGGAAGAAGUAAAUGUUUUGAUUAUGUCACUGUGCAGAUGUGUUCCCAGUGUUUCAGAGUGAAUGAUUUCUCAUAAUUUGAAGAGGGGAAAAAAUCUUAGGCUUAGUACCUGGAAGAAUCUUUACUCUUAAACUUUUUUUUUUUUAACGUAAACCCUAUGCCCAAAGUGCGGCUUGAACUCACAAUCCCAAGUUUAAGAGUUGUAUGCUCUACCAACUGAGCCAGCCAGACGCUCCUACUUUUAAACUUCUGUUGUAUUUUUUGGUUUGAAAGGGGUUGGUAAAAGUUGUAUCAAUAAGUUUUUAAAAAUUGGUACCUGAUAACUUUACCAGUACAUUUUUCUUUUUUAAAAUACUAACUCUAACUUGUC